AUGGCUGAGGAUGACCACGGAAAUCUAGAACCUCCUACAAGGAGUAGCAGUAUUGAGGAUCCAGGCGCACAUGAGCUUGAAGAACCUGUUGAGUCCUCGGAUUCGGACGACCAUUUCUCAGAUGCACAUUCGGGUCUAGAACAGUCUACCGUAACCUCACCCACUGUCCCCACUACUCGAAUCGAGAAAGUCGACGAUGAACCAAGUUAUGGAGAGGUUCCAGGCACAGAAGCAUAUAAAAUGAGAACUGAGGAUGCUGAGCCAGAUCAAAUUGCAAUGACUCCAGAAUAUCGUCCCACACACUCACGACGACCUUCAACUCCGGGUGACCUACCAAUCCCCACCACUGUCGUUGAGAAGAUAGACCCUGAUACUCCUAGCCAUGGAGAAGUCCCCGGCACACCUGCAUAUGAGAAGCGUAAAGCAGAUGCAGUUCCGGACUUGGUCUUGGAUUCAACCCCUGGUCGUAGUCGUUCUAAUACCCUCAAUACGAUGACGAGAUCAAGAGCUGGCAGCACACCAGGCGAUCUACCAAUUCCAAAGACAGUAGUUGAAAGAGUGGACUCUGGGCCAAGUCAUGGUGAGGUACCUGGUACCGCCGCUUAUGAACUGCGGAAAGAGGACGCCCUUCCAGAUGACAUCGUAGAUGUCGCCGAUGUUCCUGAAUCUAGCUCCCCGACCUUAAGCUCCCAUCGCCGAAGCUCUUCAGCUGCAGCGGGAGAAGUCGCUGAAGAGGAAUACAAUGAAGAAGAGGAUGGGGACGAUGGGGGGUUUGGGGAUGAUUUCGAUGAUUUUGAGGAUGGAGAGGAGGAUGCAGAGUUUGGUGAUUUUGAUGAUGGAUUUCAAGAACCAGAGGUUUCUCCUCUCCCACAGCCAAUUCCUGUAACACCUUCUUUUCCUCUUUUCGACUUGACAGACCUCAAUGCGCCCGAGGAUAUUCGCUCUGCAACGGAACCCUAUCUCGACCAUAUAUUCCCCUCCGACACAAUCGAUACCUCAGUUCUGCCACCCCUUAAUAACCUCAAUCCCAUAUUCCUCACGCCACGAUCUGCAUCACUCUGGUCACAACUCGUAGCCCCGCCGCCCCUUCAACCACCCAAUUGGAUCAGAUCCCGUAUUCGUCGCCUGUUUCUCGUCAGUCUCGGUAUCCCCGUUUCUCUAGACGAAAUCCUCCCCGCUUCCACACAAAAGAAACUCAUCCUCCCCUCCCUGUCCUUACACCCCUCAUCUUCUGGUUCCCUCGACAGCUCCAUAGAUCGCAUCAAAUCCUCUUCCUCUACCUCGCUCGACUCACAGGGCAACGUCAAACCCUCUCGUUCCGAAAGCCGACGUCGAAGAGGUCCUCCACCUGCCCCUCAAUUAGACCUAGUAUCCGCGCGCCAAACUUGCGAGAUCACAGAAGAAGCUCUAAAUGGCUUAACAACGGACGAGCUAAAAGACCAUGUGAAAAAACUCGAGGAAAUGGAAGUCCUGGCUCAGGGUGUAUUAGAAUAUUGGACGACGAGAACGGAUGAAAAGCUGGGAGACAGGGAAGCCUUUGAGGGGGUUAUUGAAAACUUGGUUAAGCAUGCUCGGAAGGUUAGAAAGUGA